UCAAAUUCGAAAAUGAGAUUAAGGAAAUUAUCCCAAAAAACCUCCAGUUAACUGAGGGGAACAAACUGCUGUCAAAACAUCUUCGUGAAAUGGAUGGAUGGAGGUGUUAUCAAUCCACUUUAUACUACAUUUCCUCUGAAGAGAAAAACUGGAGUGAAAGCAAACAAGACUGUUCGAAGAGAGGAGCAAAUCUGACUAUUAUAAACAGCAACGAAGAACAAGAUUUUUUUAAAACUCACGACAAUGUCUGGAUUGGUCUAAAUAAUAUGGAGGGAACAUGGAAAUGGGUUGAUGGCAGCCCACUGACCUUGAGCUUCUGGGCUUCUGGAGAGCCCGAUGGAGCAAAGGAGUGUGUUGUGACUUCAGAGUGGAAGACACUUCCUUGUAGUUCUACUUUUAAGUGGACCUGUGAAAGAAAACCAUCUAUUGAAAUAAAAAAUCUGUAAUAUGACCACUAACAAGAAGCAGGUAAAAUUAUAAAUGUGUCCUUGUAUUGCCUUUUCUGUCAGCUAAAGAUUCUUUCUUCUAAAGUGUCAUUGUAAUAAAUCUUUUUAACUGAGUCAUUCAGAUAAUAAAUGUUUUUCUAUGUUGUUGGUGCACGUGUGAAUCUUUUGAAGCUUUCUGCAUUUUCAAAACACAUAGCAGCUAGAAUUGCAUUGCUAUUAGGGCUAGGCUAACAGCUAAUGUUCACUAUGACAGAAGCAUGAACUAGCACCUGUUUGCUAAUGCUAAUAUUGCACUUAGCAUUCUUUACACAGGCCCCAGUCUGCUGUUAACUUAGGGCAACCUGAAAGAUGCAUGUAAAAUCUUGAAACCACUGAGAAAGUAUCCAAAGGCAGAUAGCUUAAGCAAUUUCUUCUUAAUGGAUUCACUACAGGGGUUGAUUAGCUCUUCCUACGAAAUAUAAAUAAAUAAAGGACAAAAAAAGUUUACAAUACAACACAAAAGUCACAAUACAUUUGGACCACAAUUAAUUCUACUGAAAACCUCAAGAGCAGUCUUAUAGAAGCAGAAGUUUCAGAAGUUUCAGAAUUAGACAGUCUCCAUGAACAGAUGCAGAACAACAUUCACCAAUUGAAGGGUUUCAACGUUACACGAGAUACAGGAAAUAAACAGGAAUAAGUUCAGAGGAUAUCAUUUUUAAUGCCAGUGUAUUAAAAUUUACUUGCAAUAUAUGAUCAUUGCUUAA